GUGACAGUGUAUUUCCAUUUAUCUCCAGUCAAAUAGUGUCCGUAAAGGAUUCUACAAAUUGUUCCGAAUUGAGCUGCAUACCUCGGCAAAAGCUGGCUCAGCAUGGAUAUUCAUAAUAUAGCCAGACGAAACAAGAGGUUAUUCUGCAAAACUAAUAAUUCAAUAUGCAGCUUCAAAAGAAGAGAAUUAAUGUAUUUUGAAUACUGUGAAGUCUAAAAAUGGCACAAGUGGUUAUAUCUUUCACAUUUUGAUUUAUUGCUUCUAAUUAAAAUAACCAUGGAGAUCAUCGUCGAGGACAUCAUCGAAGAUUACGACAACAAUACUACUACGGAACCGGUAGAGUAUCCUAUGUCUACCUUAGAAGCUAUUUUAACAGCAUUGGCAUUAGCUUUUAUUAUUGUAUCUACUAUAUUUGGCAAUGUAUUGGUAAUUAUAUCUGUGUUCACUUAUCGUCCUCUAAGGAACGUUCAAAAUAUGUUUAUUGUGUCUCUGGCAGUAGCAGAUAUUACGGUGGCUGUUCUUGUUAUGCCUCUCAACGUAGCUUAUACGAUAAUGGCUCAGUGGAAAUUUGGAUUGCCUGUUUGCAAGAUGUGGUUGACAUGUGAUGUCCUAUGCUGCACAGCUUCCAUCCUGAAUCUCUCAGCUAUUGCCUUGGACCGCUAUUGGGCAAUCCAUGAUCCCAUCAACUAUGCACGGAAGAGGACCCUGAAACGAGUGCUUAUGAUGAUCGUUGCUGUGUGGGUGGUUAGCAUGCUCAUUUCAGCACCUCCUCUCAUUGGCUGGAAUGACUGGCCAGAAGAAUUUACAGAAGAUACCCCUUGUAUGCUCACAGAAGAAAGGGGAUAUGUUAUUUACUCAGCAAGCGGAUCGUUUUAUAUUCCCCUGCUCAUCAUGACAGUGGUUUAUAUAAAGAUUUUUGAAGCAGCUAAACAUCGAAUACGGGUCAAAGCCAAAGCAGCCGCGAACUUAGCAGCAAUGCGAAAAAGUCCAGAUACAGCAUCAUCGACGAUUCCAUUAAAAUCUAUGCAAUCCGAGAUCAGCACAAUCGCUGUCACUGAUGAUUCAACUUCUUCUUCGGCUGGAAACAAAAACUCGGACGAAAAAAAUGGACCCUCCACCUCUAAAGAAGGUACAGCUAUUGAAGUCAUUGUUACAGAAGCUACCGAAAAAACUAAAAUCGCAGCUUGUGCGGGCAGAACAUUAGUUCCAGAUGGCAACCCGAGACUAACUGCAACUGUUCGCCACUAUAUGAGAGAGAAACAAAAAAUCUGUCUGCUCAAAGAAAGAAGAGCUGCUCGUGUGCUAGGAAUUGUAAUGGGUGUGUUUGUUUUAUGCUGGCUUCCUUUCUUCCUCAUGUAUGUUAUCUUACCUUUCUGUGAGGAUUGCUAUGUUUCAAGCAGAGUUGUAAACUUCAUCACAUGGUUAGGUUAUGUGAAUUCAGCUCUAAAUCCAGUUAUUUACACAGUUUUCAAUAUGGAUUUUAGAAGAGCUUUUGGUAAUAUACUUUGUAAGAAACGUUAACUGAUUUGAUUCAUGAUUUUAUAAUGCAAUAAUAACGUCACUGACUGAAACGGAUAUAUUUGUUGAAUACUUUCUGCAAAUAAUAUUAAAUAUAUAUCAUUACGUGUACAAUAUAGACGUGAAAAAAAGAAGUGUUGCAAUAUGUGUGUUGUACUAAUAACGAUUUUAUGCAUGAAUGUUAUUCAAAGUAGAUGAACAUUUCUAGCAUAAUGUCUUAAAAUUAUGAUUUCAUAUUGAAAUUAAAGUAAUAACCAGAUAAUUUUCUUUUCUGCUUUUGUUGAAAUUUGAAACUUCAUUUCAGAACAACACAAGAGGAAAAGAUAUUUCUCUUUGUGUAAUCAUAUAUUUAAAAUUUAGUCUAGUUUAAUUAAAAGCAAAUUUCAUAUUUUUCAUGAAAAAUGGGCAUUUCCAUGUAUAACAAAAUGAAAAUAGCCAUUAUAUAUUUAUUUAAUUAUUAUCAGUAAUAUUGUACU